GGUGCAAGCAGGGGCGAAGGAUAGGAGACAAGGCGGAAAAUAAGCGGAUCAAGGAGAUAAAGGGAAAGAGAAGGGUAAAGUCAUAAUGAAAGAGAAGGACGCACAGAAGGUCAGAUAUGAAAGGGAGAAGAAGAACAGGAGAUCAAAGAAGGGUAAGCAAGGGCAGGAGAAAGAAUGGAGUCUGAAAUUUAAACAGGGCGCCUCUCCAGUAUUAUUGACUGAGGAUUCAGAAUCGGGGACCGGAGGCAGCGACAGCAGGGUGUCAAAGCUUGAGAAAAGGGCACUCCGUGUCCUAACAAAGGGUACUAGAAGCAGUGGAGGAACGUGGGUUAGAUCGGAGGAACUGUCUUUCACAGAGCCGGACGAGGAGAAGGUAGGGAGAGAGGGGGCUAGUGGUGAUGGGGUAAGCAAGGAGGAAGAGUCUGAUGUGGGAGAAAAUGCGCAUGACCCAGACGAAAUCGUCGCCACCGAGGGACUGGCGGGUGCAGACCACAUGGAAACAACGGGGAGAGGAGAUGAAAACAUUCCAAAAGUCCUAGUCCCUCUCAUCUUCACCAAUGCCCAGAACCAGGUAGUGGUUCUGGCCUCCCAAGUUGCUGAUGACUCCAUGGAGCUACCUACUGCCGAAGUGGAUGAAUUGUUGACAGAAUCAGUCAUCCUGAAAAAAACGGCAUCUCUCCUUCCAGACUUUCUCAGGAUUAGACUGAUUCAAUGUCUUCGGACCGGUUGUCACACAGUCAUUUUUCAGGGAGGACAGAAAGUGAGACUCUACUUUGCCUUUCUAGAUGCCAAAAUGGACAACAACAUCAAAGAGCAGCUAGAAGCGCAAGGUAGAGAUUGGUUCUCAAUUGACCUGCUGGAUUCUGAGCUCAACGAGGAUUUAGAUCGUAUCGUAAUGAAGGGCUGCAUCUCGGCGAAGAACAUAGCCGAAUGGCUAUCGGAAGCCGAACGGGCUGUGCGGAACCAUAAGACUCAGCAUGAGGAUGCCACACGGGCACUGGACGCCCGUGUACUGGACCUGGAACAGGCUGUACCAGGACCAGCUGUUGGGGCUUCCAGCAGUGCAUCCUCUAGCCGCCAACUGGAGGAACGCGUUGACCACGUAGUGGCAAUGCUAGGAGACAUAAGUGCCUUCACAGAGCCGGCCACCAUCAGCCAGCGGUUCGAGUUGCUGGACACCAAGAUCAGUCAUCAACAGCAGACCAACCACAGCCACAACAACAGCUCGGCGAGGCCAUACAAGAUGCCGACGUUCCGGAUCGAGAAAUUUGAUGACUACACACAUYAAGACCCGGUCGUCUGGUGGCAAGGAUUUACAACGGAGUUGGGGAUCCACGAGGUCCCUGACCAUUUGUUCAUCAGUGCUCUGUUCAUCAACACCAAGGGAGAAUGUCAGAUCUGGCUCAGCCACAUGGCAACCAUCCACGGCGUCCAGGUUUCAGACCUGCACAAGGUCACCUGGGAGGAUAUGACAAAGGAAUGGAAGAAGCGGUUCAUAGUGGAUGACGCACCCGCGCUCGCCAUCAACCGCAUCUUCGCGAUGGCUCAAGGGAGCACACCGACACGUGUCAAGCUCACGGAUUGGCAGAAGAUCGUGGCCACGCCCGAUCUGGACUUGCCAUUUCCGCAUCUGCGCCGUGAGUUCUACAACAGGUCAUGCGCCGCUCUCAGCCUCGCACUUGGUGAUCGCGAGCAGUACAGCACUUUCGCAAAGAUCAUCAACAAGGCGAGAGAGAUCAUCAAGACCAACAGGGCAGCCGCACAUGAGAAGUCAACGUGGCAGCCAACCUAUGUGGAGAAGGUACGAACUGGUCCGCGACAGCAGCAGUUCGCUGCAGUCCAAUCGGAMGGUGGAGAAGACCCAGCAGCCACUCCAGCAUCACGUGAGGGAGAUCAGGUGGCUGUUGUCCAGCCGCGAAGCAACAAGCCCCGAGUGAACGGGAAGGCGAAACCAGCAUCGCAUUCCGGAAACGGACAGCCAACACCACCAUGGGUCAAGUUCGGCUUGACCAAGGCCGAGUACAAGUACCGCAACCGUUACGGCUGCUGUUACUGGUGCAACAACACCAAGCACAAGACCUCCAUUUGCCAAGCUUCGCCGCUAUCUAUCGCCGGGGAUUCAUCGUCGUGGUCAAGAUUUGAGGUGCUCGACCCACUGACGUUCACGGAUUUCCAGUGGAUGCCCGUUCCCCAGACCGGACGAUUGCCGAAACCGCAUUGCAAUGUGCUCAUGGCACAACUGCGAGAUUACUUGCACACUGCAGUACCAGCUUUGUUGAUGGACGCCGGAGCAGAGGUUGUCUACCUUCACGCUUACAUUGCGAAGAUCGACCGCAAGUUCAAGACGCAACGGUACGACGACAUCGACGCACCAUUGCUAUAUGUACGCAUUCAGAUCGGAGAGGCGACCUGCAACGCCUUGAUCGAUUGCGGAGCAUCUCGCAACUACAUCAGCCAGGACUUCAUGGUGCGCGCCGGCCUUGGCCCACGUGUCCGGAGGAAGUCCCAUGGGAACCCGGUCUCUCCAUUGCCAUGGACGUCACAGUGGUUUGGACCUUGGUCUGUGACAGCAGCCACAGGCGAUGAGCCCGAUGGUCCUUCAUUUGUGAUCAACAUUCCAGAGCAUCUGACGGUCCAUCCGGUCUUCCACGCCUCGAAGCUGGCAACAUACACGCCAGCCAAGAGCGACGACUUUCCGGGCCGACGAUCGCAGGACCCUCCUUCUAUGGAUGGCCAUCAGGAAGUUGACCGCGUCAUCACCGAUCGCAAGUACGACAGCAAGCCGCGGCAGUACAAAGUCACAUUCAAAGCAUGCGAUCGCGAUGACACUCGGUGGAUUUCAGGAGCAGAUUUGAAAGCAUCCGCACCGCUGAUCUACGCUCACUAUGAACGUCAAAGGUUAGCCAAGGGACCUCCACGACCUGCCCCUCCCACCCKGACUGUGGUCCCUCCCUCAGACAGACAGCUUCGCCCUCGCAGGAGCGUGAGGCCUGGUAGAGAGAUCUGGGGAUGCCUUGGGCCAGGCAUUCCAAAGGAAAACCAAGGGUUGUUGUCAGACGACGCUGGCUGGAGCUGGGGUGAGUCGUGUUGCCCUGUAACCUAGCAGGGUGGGGGCAUGAGGCCUGGGAGAGCUUGGCAGGGAAUUAGACAGUGUUAGAGAAUUUUAGAGUGUUUUGUCGGGGAGUCCAGGGGUUCUGAGCAUUCGAAGGACUUUUGUGGUAAUUGCUGCUUGAGUAGCCUAGCAAUAGGUCAACAGUUAUCCACGUUUUUCCUAAAUCUUCCUGAACUUUUUUCAUAGUUUUCAGAUUGUUCUUAGCCGAAGC